AUGACCACUACUGAGAACAUCACCUCGCCUCCGACAUCUCCUCCAGCCAAACGCGUCAAGACUACCGACGAGACUCUCGCUUCCAUCCCAUCCCACACAGUCACACCCGCGACAACGCAGCCCGCCAUGUCCUCCCAGGCCCCUGCUCUCCUCAUCAAGAAGCUCUCCCCAGCUGCACGCCUCCCCACGCGCGGCUCUGCUUUCGCCGCCGGCUACGAUGUCUAUGCCUCCAAGGCCACUUCCAUUCCAGCCCGCGGCAAGGCUCUCGUGGACACUGACAUCGCCAUCUCUGUACCAGCGGGCACCUACGGCCGCAUCGCCCCCCGCUCUGGCCUCGCCUCCAAGCACUUCAUCGACACGGGCGCUGGCGUCAUUGACGCCGACUACCGCGGCCAGGUCAAGAUCCUUCUGUGGUGGAGGUCGAGGAGCUCGAGGAGAGCGUCCGCGGCGCUGGCGGCUUCGGAAGCACUGGCGUCGCCCCUGGACAAGAAUGCCUAA